AUGUUCACGUUAAAAUUUCUUCCUCUACUGGGACUGCUGGCCACCUGCUUGGUGGCCACAGCACCAUCCGAAAAACCGGAAUCAUUCCUCCUGGGCAGCACGGUGACACAUUUUGGCCAGUUCCCUGCCGUAGCACACAUCGUAACGCCGGAUCACAGCAUCUGCGGUGCGGCCGUGAUCGACGAUCGUCAUGUGGUCACGCUGGCUCAGUGUGCCCUAAACAGUACGCAUCGUCUGCACAACCCCCGGCUGAUACGUGUCAACACCGGUGACAUCAGUUUGAUGCCGGUUGGAGCUUCACGCCAAACCAGCCUGGGAGCCGUCAUCUACGUGCACGAGAACUACAAACCGCAUACGCUGGAGAAUGACAUCGCCGUCAUCCGGGUCCAGCAUCCGUUUCAAUUUCCCAGCAACGAGGUGGAACCGGCACGGCGUCGAACUCGAAUCGUCGCGAACGGUGCAGUCUGUCAGCUAGCCGGCUGGGGUGUAACCGCGGCUGACGCUCCGCUUGUUGACGUUCAGCAGCGGUUCAUUCCGGUGACGGUGAACGAUCGCGAUGCGUGCAGCAACAUCCGGCGGGGAAUGCGCACGUUCGAAAGUAUGAUUUGCGCCGGCAAUAUGGUGGUUGCCCAAACGGGACCAGCGCCCUGCCCCGGAAGUAUCGGAUCGGGGCUGUACUGCGAGGGUGACCUGACCGGACUGCUGUCGUUUGGAAUGAACUGCGGUGUGGCGAACAAUCCUCCCACCUUUACGCAGAUUCGGUUUUUUAGUCCGUGGAUUAAUCAGACGCUAAACAGGACUGAUUUUCCACACAUCGGGUGGUCGCCAUUAGAUUCUUAA